CUUUCAAGACUUUUCCUCUCUGUAAACAUUUUUUCAAAGAACGAAAGAGAAACUAGCUAGAAAAAGAUCGAGGUUCCAUCAUGGUUAGAUCAGAAAUCGUAAGACGGAGAUUCUUAUCUAGAGCUGAAAUGGCGCCGGCGCCGGUUAUUUCUCGCCGGACAUGUUCAAUGUCUCCGACACUAGAGACCAUUUUCGAAGAAAGGUCCGACGAUAGUUUUAAUCAUCAAGAUCCACACUACAGCAGAGUCAUCGCCGUAGGACAAGGACAUCGUUUGCUUCUUCUUGUCCCAGCAAUCAUAUCCGCUGUAUCUUGUGUUUUGUUGUGUAGACAAGAUCGUGUUGUUCGAUUUUCUUGAACAUAUACAUAUAUACAUAUGUAUUUUAAUAUAACUAUAUGUAUUAGCAGAAGAGUUUUCUAUAAACUUAUGUCUUUGUUUCAAUCCAUAGUGUUAAUUUGUU